UCCCGCCGCCCUUGGUCACCGCGUCCACUUCCGCCCUGGAAGGAGGCGCCUCCCACUCGGCUCACCCCUGACCGUGGCUCGGGGCUCGGUGGGUCUGCGGCGCUGCCCCCUCCCGGUGUCGCCCCCUCUGCGCGGUAGGCAGUUUCCAGCCAGCGGAAGAGCCCAACUGAACUGUCUCCAAUGGCUAAUGAAGCUCAUCCCUGUCCCUGUGACAUUGGCCAUAAGAUAGAGUAUGGAGGGAUGGGGCAUGAAGUUCAAGUUGAGCACAUCAAGGCUUAUGUCACCAGAUGCCCUGUUGAUGCCGGCAAAGCCGUGAUUGUCAUUCAAGAUAUAUUUGGCUGGCAGUUGCCCAAUACCAGAUACAUGGCUGACAUGAUUGCCGGAAAUGGAUACACAACCAUCGUUCCAGACUUCUUUGUAGGGCAAGAGCCUUGGCACCCCUCUGGGGACUGGUCUACCUUUCCGGAGUGGUUGAAAACAAGAAAUGCCAGAAAUAUUGAUAAAGAGGUUGAUGCUGUCUUGAGGUAUCUGAAACAGCAGUGUCACGCCCAGAAAAUCGGCGUCGUGGGAUUCUGCUGGGGAGGAGUUGCUGUCCAUCACGUGAUGAUGAAAUACCCAGAGUUCAGGGCUGGGGUGUCCGUCUAUGGCAUCGUCAAGGAUUCUGAAGACGUGUACAGUUUGAAGAACCCCACGUUGUUCAUUUUUGCUGAGAACGAUGCUGUGAUUCCUCUUGAGCAAGUCUCUUCGCUGACCCAGAAGUUGAAAGAACAUUGCAAAGUGGAAUAUCAAAUUAAAACAUUUUCUGGGCAAACUCACGGGUUCGUGCAUCGAAAGAGAGAAGAUUGCUCGCCUGAGGACAAGCCCUAUGUUGACGAGGCAAGACGGAAUUUACUCGAAUGGCUGAGCAAGUAUGUUUAGCAGUGGCCAGCGCAAACUUUUCUCAAGAUGGCUUUUGUUCAGAAAUGGGCUUGGGAAUACAUAGAUCAUUUGAUUUAAUUUCUACUUUACAUAAAAUAAAUCAAAGAAUCCUGAAAUUCAUGAUUUCAUCUGAAACAAAUUCAGUAGGAAAUAAAAAUUGUAAAAGUAGAUUAGUACCUGAAGAAUUUGAUUGCUAGAGUCGUAUCCUGUUAAGAAGAACCGGGGGCUAUUUCGGGCCAGCUGACAGCUCAGCUGUGGCUUUCCUGGGCUGUAAUAGAGGACAACCUUUCAAAUGACUGAUGUUGCAAAGCCACGGUGACAUGAACUAUAAACUCAGAUCGAAUGAAAGCCCCGCUUAAUUAGACAUUUAUCUUUGUCUUAAUACAAAUACAUUUCAUGUCCCUAUAUGGCGCUACAAAAAAUAAAGGUGAAAAUAUGGUCCCAUGGGCCUAAUUAUAUCAAGCUAAUAAAUUUUUUGAGUUUUUGAA